CUAUCGUAGCAGGAUUUUGAUAUUUUUUUAACCGAUAGAUCAGUUCCAAUUAAUAAUAUAAGUAUAAUUUAACUUCAAUAUAACUUUUUUAAAUAUAUUCAAAUUAUACUCAAACUUAUGGGGAAAAUAUUUUUUUUAAUACUAUCAAAAUAAUAUGGUGUGCUGUAAUUUAAAAAAAUACAAAAAUGAAUCUUUACUGGUUUUUAUUGUCAUUUGCAAUUGUAAAUGUUUUGGCAGAAUUAAUACAGGAUUAUGUAAAUUUGGUUUCCACUACAAACAAAUACAUCGAGUAUGCUUCUAAACAAGAACCUGUGAAAGCUGAUCCAGUCUGGAAUGUAAGAGUCUAUACUCCAAUUGAGUAUAUAAUCAAACGAAUUCUUCUUAAAAAUAAAUAUACGAUGGAAAAAUUGGCUUAUAUGUUGACUGGGCCGGAUUUUGCAGAAGAAUUUCAAGACCUUAAUAAAUGCAUGGAAUAUCAGAAUAUUUUGCAAACAGAAAUAUUAGAAGCCAUAGCUCUCGAUUAUACCGUAGAAUAUGCAUUUGAAACUCAUACUUCUCGAGAUUUAGGCGUUACGAAAUUGAUAUCAGAUGGUAUCGAAAGAAGAAAAAUGAUUUAUCCUGACCUAGUAUCCCUAAUCGAAAGUAUAAAUGAUGAAAUUGAAGAGGAUUUCACUCCUACUCAGAUUUGUCAACUAAUAGGAUUAUACAAAAAUUCAAACGACUCAAUAAGUGAAUUAACAUUUAUAAUAACUGCCAAGGUUGACUCUGUUGGCCAUUGCUGCCUGACUUCUAAUGAUAAUCAAACAACCUACUACAAACUGAUACCACCACCUACUGAAAACAUCGUUGUGGAAUUUUUCCCAGAUUAUAAAGAAACUGAAUUACUUCUUCCAGUUCUUCCAAAAAAUAAAAACAUUGAUGUACAUUUGUCAGAGACUGACGAAAAUUGAAUCUCUUUUUUUUUUUAAUUAUUAAGAUCAGAAAGUGUAUAGUUAACUAAUUUAUAUACACUCAACAUUUAUUUUUAAUAAUUAUUAUAAAAAUUAUAAGUUCUAUUGACAUUAUAUUUAAAUAGAAGAAAAAUGAUUUAUCCUUUCGUACUACCCCUAAUCAGAAGUAUAAUUGGUGAACCUAAAUAAAAUGUUAUAAUGGUUUUUCUUUUCUUUGCAUUUUGUUCUUGCUUUUUAAAUAUUAUCUAUUAUUUUCAUAACUCAUCACUAAAUAAAACAAACAAUUUUUUAUGUUUUAAGAAAGAAUUCAAAAGGGUUUAAUUUUACUCAGAUUAGUCAUUUAAUAGGACUAUACAAAAAUUCAAAAGACUCACCAAAUAUAAAAUUAACAUGUAUAACCGUUGCCAAAGUUGACUCUUAUUUUGGUUUUGCAUCCUAACUUCUAUCGAAGACCAAACUACCUACUACAAACUGAAUGAAAAUAACCUUGUUAAAGUUCGGCCAGAUUCUGAUGAAAUUGAAUCCCUUCUUCCCGAUAUAAAGAAUUAAUAUCAAAAAACAUAUGGUUAAAUAAUAUUUAUAUACACUCAGAAACCAGUUUUAUUAAUUAUUGUAUAAUUUAUUAGUACUAUUGUCAUUAUAUUUAAAUAAUUACUGCAUUAACCGAAAACAUUGUUAAUUUAUUAAAUAUAUUACAUAAUAAACAGUUUUGUUCACGAUUUUAA